AUGCCUACCAGCCCGCACUCAACAUACUACGAUCGCCGUCUGCGACAGGGCCCUGCGCUUGUACGAGCACGACGGCCCUAUCUUGUCAAAAAUGCCGUGACAGGCCUUGGUCUCUUGGCUGUCGUUGGAAGCAUCUAUUGGUAUACGCUUAACGCCGUUGGUCAAGACAAUUUCGAAGAUGUCAAGGUCCCAGAUGCGCCCGCGAAGCCAUCUGCAUCCAAGUAG